AGGAGAGGACAUGUUUAGUUGAAGAGAGAUCUGCAGCAACACAUCCACAUAAGAAAACAAUUGUAGGCUGAGUUUGUGAUGGGCCUUAGAUUUAGCCUGUAGGAUUCGUUGUAGCUGUUACUGUGAAUGCUAAAUUUAGAACGUUAAGGUAACACAAGUAACAUAACUUUGUAGAACAGGAUCUCUUCAGAAGAAAAGAAGCGUUAUCUUGAAUUGAAGGCACGGGUUUGUCAUACACUUGCUCAACCGUCCAAAUGUCCACCGGUUCGGUGAGCGAAAAUGAUGACAUUGUGACAUCUCACCUAAGGAAAGACGCCCCGUUGGGAAGCAACAAGCGGAGCAGUGUGCACUAUACUUCAGCAGAGUUCUCAGACGACGAGUACGGCACAGAUGACGGCUUUGACCGAAAGCGCAAACGGAUGCGCAGUGGGUCCGAGGGUAAACAACUUAUCUCAAAGUCUCAUCAAAAGGAAGCUCAACAGACGCAAAGAAACGCUGCGAAUGCCAGAGAAAGAGCUCGGAUGCGAGUUCUAAGCAAAGCAUUUUCCAGACUUAAAACUAGCCUGCCUUGGGUACCAGCCGAUACCAAACUUUCGAAACUGGACACGUUGCGCCUCGCUUCCAGCUACAUCUCUCACCUCAGACAAAUUCUGCAGGAUGACCGUUUUGAAAACAGCUUCGUACACCCUGUAAACUUGACUUGGCCAUUCGUUGUGUCAGGCAGAUCAGAAGACAUCCAAGACGUUGAUCCUUCCGCCAGACUGUGCGGAGCAACAGCAUAACAUUGUUCUCAGCGUGGACUGUUUACACAUCCCUGUAUCCCGUCUCAACUGUCAAUUAUCUGUCAUAGCCUACUCGACUAUGAUAUGAGGCAUGUGAUGAUUAAAACACACAGUUCCCUUCUGGUUCUGUAUCCCCCCUUCUUAUUCAAACUUUUUCUAUCUGCUUGCGUUGUUUCUCAUUCUAGGACAGGGGUCUCCAUCCCUGCUCCUGGAAAGCUACAUGCCUCAAGGUUUUAGCUACAACACUAAUAUAACACACCUGAUUCUAAUAAUUAUCUGGUUGAUCAGGUAACUAGUGUAGAAUCAGGUCAAAUGAGUGUGGUUGGAGCAAAAACCAACAGGCAGGUAGCUCUCCAGGGUUGGAUACCUAUGUUCUAAGGCAUUGUAUUGUUGUGUUGUGAAUAGUGUUAUGCCAUGUUUUACACUGGAUGUGAAAUUUUUGUACAUGUUGAUGUUAUACUUAUAAUGAAGGAAAAAAAGUGA